GCGCCGGCACACGCUCAGCGGCCGCGGCGGAGAUACCAGCGGCGGCGGCAGCGGCGGAGCCGGGCCCGGCGGCAGGAAUGCGGAACCGGCGCGCGGGCUGAGGCCGCCCAGGAUGGCGCAGGGCCGCGGGCGGCGGGCAGCCUGCGUGGGGCCCUAGCGCGGCAGGGCGGACGCUCCGGGCCCCGGCCCGGCAUCUCGGGCGGGCGGCGUCGCGGCCAUGGCCAAGGAGCGGCGGAGGGCCGUCCUGGAGCUGCUGCAGCGGCCGGGGAACACGAGAUGCGCCGACUGCGGCGCCCCGGAUCCCGACUGGGCUUCCUACACCUUGGGGGUGUUCAUCUGUCUGAGCUGCUCUGGGAUCCACCGGAACAUUCCCCAGGUCAGCAAGGUGAAGUCUGUCCGUCUGGAUGCCUGGGAGGAGGCCCAAGUGGAGUUCAUGGCCUCCCACGGGAACGACGCUGCGAGGGACAAGUACGAGUCCAAAGUGCCUCCCUUCUACUACCGGCCCACGUUUUCCGACUGUCAACUCCUGCGCGAGCAGUGGAUCCGGGCCAAGUACGAGCGGCAAGAGUUCACCCACCCGGACAAGCAGGAGCCCUACUCCGCAGGAUACCGAGAAGGCUUUCUCUGGAAGCGGGGCCGGGACAACGGGCAGUUUUUAAGCCGGAAGUUUGUGCUGACGGAACGGGAAGGCUCGCUGAAGUAUUUCAACAGAAAUGAUGCCAAGGAGCCUAAGGCUAUCAUGAAGAUCGAGCAUCUGAACGCCACCUUCCAGCCUGCCAAGAUCGGCCACCCCCACGGCUUGCAGGUCACCUACCUGAAGGACAACAGUACCCGUAACAUCUUUGUCUACCACGAGGACGGGAAGGAGAUCGUGGACUGGUUCAACGCGCUCCGAGCCGCCCGCUUCCACUACCUGCAGGUGGCCUUCCCCGGGGCCAGUGAUGCCGACUUGGUACCGAAGCUCUCCCGGAACUACCUGAAGGAAGGCUACAUGGAGAAAACGGGGCCCAAGCAAACAGAAGGCUUCCGGAAGCGCUGGUUCACCAUGGAUGACCGGAGGCUCAUGUACUUCAAAGACCCUCUGGAUGCCUUUGCUCGCGGGGAAGUCUUCAUUGGCAGCAGGGAGAGCGGCUACACGGUGCUGGACGGGCUACCGCCGUCCACCCAGGGCCACCACUGGCCCCACGGCAUCACCAUCGUCACGCCAGAGCGCAGGUUCCUGCUGGCCUGUGAGACAGAGAUGGAGCAGCGGGCCUGGGUGGAGGCUUUCCGGAAGGUCGUGGACAGGCCGAUGCUGCCCCAGGAGUACGCAGUGGAAGCGCACUUCAAGCAUAAACCCUAACGAGAGACGGUUCUGGAGGCCCGAGGGAACCGGACUUGUUGGAAGUGGCCCUCGAGGAGGCAGCGGCCAGACUGGGGGGCUGCCAGAUGGAGGAACCAGCUUCGUGGCCCCGGCCCCAAGCGGCAGCCCCGGACAUGGCCACGUGGGGCCUGAGCUUUAGCCACUAGGACCCUUUUCUCUGGAACCUCACUGCAGGCCGGCCCGACCUGCUCUCAGACCCCACCAUGCUGCUGCCCACCGCUGUGACCCCUGCCACCCCGCCCCCCGAACCACCCUUCCUCUGAGGCCUGGGCCUGGCCUCCUGGCUCAGGGCAGCCCGGCAGCCCUUCCCUACCUGCCCUUGCCCCCUGCCCGCCUGAGCAGGACCCUGCCCCUGAGCAGGCGGCCAGGCUGCGGGGACAGCGGGCGGCCUGCAUGCCUCUUCUCCCCUCCUGCCCUUCCCCCACGUCUCUGUCAACAAGUAUUUAUUGAGCUACCUGCUGUGUGUCGGUCGUGGGGUCCUGGGUGCUAGCAUGGGGCACAGCAUCGUUGGCCUCAACCAGCUGAUGUGGCACGUGCCUGAGGGCCUGGGGGCCAGAGGCACCGGGGGGCUGCAGCUCACUGGGCCCCAGCAUGCCUAGGUGGGGAGGGAGAAGGGAGGGUCAGUUCCUGUUGACCGCCGCCCCCCCACCGGCCACUGAGCCCUUAGAAGACGGAAGCCCAGAGUGUCCCCCCACCCCCGCCGGACCCAAUGUGCCACUGGCCAGCCGGCACUUAAAACCCUCGAGCAUCCUCCCCAGGGGCCCUGGCUCCCUGUCCACCCUCGGCGGAGGGUUGGGGGGACAGAAGCAGGGGUACCUGCUGGGUGAUCUGGGUGGCCCCUCAGCCCCCCUCCUAUACCCUCAGACAGCCCUGGACCAGCCCUUGAGAGGUCUAGGACAGGGAUCCCCAAGGCAGGGUGUCCUGUCACGCCAGCCCUCAUGUCCUGCUCCAUAGUGGCCCCUUAUGUAGGUCAGGAGCUAGGGUGUGGGCUCUGGGUCCCUAGGAGGACCUACCUGCUGGCCUCUCAUACACACCAUGAAGUGCGGACGUCCCCAGAGGAGUGCCCCAGGGCCUCUGCCUGUCCUCGUGGGCCCGACUCCCAUGACCCCAUCUCCCUGCUGCCCCUGAGCAUGGGCUGGCCCACUCAGAAUCAUGUAAACCUGGAUGGGGGGAGCCAGCUGCAGGGUCAAAAGAGGACAGCAGCCCCCCCCCCCACUCCCAUCUAAUCUCUGGACCCCAAGACAGCUGGGCCGGGGAGUAAGGACAGUCCCAGGGUCACCCAGGGUCCCUGCCCCAUUCUGCCCCAGGCAGGUACUCCCUCCCCAGCCGUGCCAGACGCCACCAUCCACAAUCACCAGCCUGUUGUCCCCGCUUCCAAAUAAGGAAACUCAAGCCCCAGAGGCAGGGGGUCUCCUCCUAAGUGGAAAUGAAAAGCCAGAGGUCCCCAGGACUGCCCCUCCCCUUGUGGGGAGCAGCCCCCAGCCACAUGUUCUUGGGGAGUGGCCUUCUAGACCCUCUCUGAGCCAGAUGCAAGGGUGUCCUGCCCAAGACACUAACAUGUUAAAAAGAAACACUUACCACUGGCAGGAGAAUUUCUCCCAACAAGGCAGGAAGCUCAUGGCCUACAGAUGGUGGUCACUGUGCUGACGUCACAGGCCUUGGCACGCCAGGAUGCUGGUGGCUGUGGCCUUUGGGCCGGCGUCCACAUCCCUCAUGCUCCUCCGUAGAGAUGUGGGCAACCCACGGCCUGCACAGCUACACACGGGAGGCCGCAUUCCCAGAAAACGACAGCAUCAUUCACAACUGCACAAAAGACGUGGCAGUGCUCACAGGGAAAGUGGGGUCAGGUGCAUGGGCCCACGGCCCUCCAACCCGGGAGGGAGGUCUCCACGUGCUGAGGAUCGAGACAGACGCUGCCACCAGGAGGAGCAUGGCGGGACACAGGUGUGCGUGCUCUGUUUGUCUAUUCUGUCCGGGGCAAAUUCCACAAAAAACCCCAAGUUCUGCUCCAAUGUCCUGCCCACCGACUGCGCUGCACGCAUUUCGUCGUUUCAGAACAAGCAUCACGGCACCAGGCAGGGGGCCCACUGCGGGCCUGGGGCCUGCCCCUGGUGAGGGCUCCCUCCACCAGCAGCCUCCUCGGAGCGCCCCGCGGCGGGGGCCUGCCGGGGUGGGGGAGGGGGGACUCCACACUCCUUCCCCCACCCUGGUGGCCUGCACUUAGAACCUGUGACAAGGCAGGACCCCACGGGAUUUGGGGUCUCGCAUUUAGAGAAACCACCACCUCGUAGUUACACACCAAUCACAAGACCCCGACACUGGCCACUCGUAGCUGCCCGCAGCGCCCCCUGCGGGCACGGCGGACACAGACCUGGCCACUGCGGAUGGGGUCUUGGGCCCGGCUCCCCGCCCGCCAGCCUCAGGAGCUCACUCAGAAAGGACAAGCGCCGCAAAACCCAGUAUAAAGGAUUUAUUUCAACUCAACAAGUAACACAAACCUUCGUUUAAAUUCCAUUUUACAGUCAAAGAGGGUGUAUAUCUCACUCCUCCCCAUGCAUGAUCACUGUGUAUUAAUCUACAACUCUUACUUUAAUUGUGAAAAAAUAAAGUGUUUCCCUUCUCGUCA